AGUGGGCCAUGGCUUUGCUUUGGGCCGCAAAUCGGAAGAGGUUUUCGAGACUUUUCAUGCGAGUGCGCGGCAAUUCAGCUGCUCAGUCCACGUCCGCCACUGCUCGCAAAAUGACGCUCCAAAUGCUGUGCCCCAAGUGCAUCCUGCUCGUGGCGAUGCUGCUCCUGCUGGACUCCAGUCUGGCCAGACCGCAGCAGUUCUUCCUCGCCGAGGAUCUGACAACAGGAACGGGAACGGGAACGGGUACGGGUACGGGUUCCGGAUUUGCAGAUGAUCGAUUGCCCAUCAACGAUCCUUCGGAUCUGAGUGCUGGUUUGAAUUUGGCGCCCGUCGGCAGUCUGAUUGCGGCAGCAGCGAAUGCCGUUCCCCCCGCCCCCGUUCAAUUUAUUCGCACGGCCAUGAACAGCGGGCUCUGACCGCCAGGUGGCGCUAACCUGAAUUCUGAAACACCCCAAAUAUAAUUGUCUCUAAUUUUUAAGCGCCUUUUUGGGCACCACUUGUAAUUACUUUGUUAAGCUGCAUUUUUUGUUUUGUUUUUUUUUUUUUGUUGAAAUUUUUUGUAUUAAGCUGUAUUGCUUUGGUUUUGUUUGUGUCGAGUCAAGUGCUAUAAAUGACUUUAUAUACUCGUUUAAUCUGGUUCUGACUUUUGCGGAGCGAUAAAAUGUGUGCAGUUUGGGACUCAGUUUUAAACGCUAUUUCUGUUAUCUAAAUGUGUUAUCAUGGAAAUCUCUGUCACGUUACUGCUUCUUUAUCUAACUCGGUUGCAGCUCUUAAAUGGCGAGCAAUACCAUUCAAAGAUAGUAAAAUUGGAGUGUUUAAGGUUUUGAAAACAAUUUUGAGAUGUGAUUAAAAUCUUGAUUUGAUUUUAGAAAUAUUAAUUUUUCACACGUAAAUUAGUAUUACUACUUUGCUAUAAUAUAUUAUCUCUAUAUGUUAUGAAAAUAUGCCAAUUGCAUCCAGAAUGCGUUUGCAAUCAGAAAAUAUGCAAUGUAAUUGGAAGAAAGUAGAGCAAAUAAGCGAUAAACUCAUUUCGAUUACGAUUCUGGUUCUCAUCGUGAUGAUGCCGGAUUCUCACACAGAAAAAUAUCCGUGCACCACUAACAAUUACUUAUAACGUCUAAGAAUCUACUCUUUAUAAAUUAAAAAACAAAAAAUUCCACUCGCUCAAAACACAAACAAAGAAGCUUUCGAUAAGCACUAAAGUUAGUCUAAACUUUUUACAGUUUUCACAUUGAUAAAAGUUG